GAGCGCGACCGCUGGGGCCGCAGCCCAGCUCUUCUCCGCCCGCCCCGCGGACCCCGGUACCGCCAUGGCGGGCGUGGGGCCGGGGGGCUACGCGGCGGAGUUCGUGCCGCCCCCAGAGUGCCCGGUGUUUGAGCCCAGCUGGGAGGAGUUCACAGAUCCCCUCAGCUUCAUCGGCCGCAUCCGGCCCAUGGCGGAGAAAACCGGCAUCUGCAAAAUCCGACCUCCCAAGGAUUGGCAGCCGCCAUUUGCAUGUGAAGUCAAAAGCUUCCGUUUUACACCCAGAGUCCAGCGCUUGAAUGAGCUUGAGGCGAUGACCAGAGUGAGAUUGGACUUCUUGGAUCAACUAGCAAAAUUUUGGGAACUUCAGGGAUCUACUCUCAAGAUCCCUGUGGUGGAGAGAAAAAUCCUGGAUCUGUAUGCUUUGAGCAAGAUUGUCGCCAGCAAAGGUGGUUUUGAAAUGGUCACCAAAGAGAAGAAAUGGUCUAAAGUGGGUAGCCGCUUGGGAUAUCUGCCAGGAAAAGGAACUGGAUCCCUUUUGAAGUCACAUUAUGAAAGAAUUCUCUACCCCUAUGAGCUUUUCCAGUCAGGGGUCAGCCUUAUGGGUGUACAAAUGCCUAAUUUAGACCUUAAGGAAAAAGUGGAGCCUGAGGUUCUUAGCACUGAUGUCCAAACUUCGCCAGAACCGGGAACAAGAAUGAACAUUCUGCCGAAGAGAACAAGACGCGUCAAGUCUCAGUCAGAGUCUGGAGAAGUGAAUAGAAAUACGGAACUGAAGAAGCUUCGGAUUUUUGGGGCUGGGCCUAAGGUUGUGGGCUUGGCAAUGGGAGUAAAAGAAAAGGAAGAUGAGGUCUCCCGAAGACGAAAAGUUACCAACAGGUCAGACGCAUUUAACAUGCAAAUGAGACAACGGAAAGGAACUCUCUCUGUUAACUUUGUUGAUCUGUAUGUUUGUAUGUUUUGUGGUCGGGGAAACAAUGAAGAUAAGCUGCUGCUGUGUGACGGGUGUGAUGACAGCUACCAUACGUUCUGUUUAAUUCCUCCACUGCCUGACGUGCCCAAGGGCGACUGGAGGUGUCCUAAGUGUGUGGCCGAGGAAUGUAAUAAACCUAGAGAAGCUUUUGGAUUUGAACAAGCUGUACGAGAGUAUACGCUUCAGAGCUUUGGAGAGAUGGCAGAUAAUUUUAAGUCUGACUAUUUCAAUAUGCCAGUCCAUAUGGUCCCCACAGAACUAGUAGAAAAGGAAUUCUGGCGGCUGGUGAGCAGCAUUGAAGAAGACGUUAUUGUAGAGUAUGGAGCUGACAUCUCCUCAAAAGACUUUGGGAGCGGAUUUCCUGUGAAGGAUGGCCGCAGAAAGAUGCUGCCGGAAGAAGAGGAAUAUGCACUUUCUGGUUGGAACUUGAAUAACAUGCCGGUGCUCGAGCAGUCUGUUCUGGCACAUAUCAACGUGGACAUCUCUGGCAUGAAGGUGCCGUGGCUCUAUGUGGGGAUGUGCUUCUCCUCCUUUUGCUGGCACAUUGAAGAUCACUGGAGCUAUUCCAUCAACUACCUGCACUGGGGAGAGCCAAAGACAUGGUAUGGCGUGCCAUCUCAUGCUGCAGAGCAGCUGGAGGAGGUGAUGAGGGAGCUGGCCCCUGAGCUGUUUGAGUCCCAGCCUGACCUCCUGCAUCAGUUAGUCACCAUCAUGAACCCCAAUGUGUUGAUGGAGCAUGGGGUACCGGUGUACAGGACCAAUCAGUGUGCUGGCGAGUUUGUGGUGACGUUCCCUCGGGCCUAUCACUCUGGGUUUAACCAAGGCUACAACUUCGCCGAGGCCGUGAACUUCUGCACUGCUGACUGGUUGCCCAUUGGACGUCAGUGUGUGAGUCACUACCGCCGGCUGAGGCGCCAUUGUGUCUUCUCCCAUGAGGAGCUCAUCUUCAAGAUGGCGGCAGAUCCGGAAUGCUUAGACGUGGGGUUGGCUGCCAUGGUGUGCAAGGAGUUGACGCUCCUGACUGAGGAGGAGACACGGUUAAGAGAAUCUGUGAUGCAGAUGGGUGUCCUGAUGUCGGAGGAAGAGGUGUUUGAGCUUGUGCCUGAUGAUGAGCGGCAGUGUUCAGCCUGCAGGACCACCUGUUUCCUCUCUGCUCUCACAUGCUCCUGUAAUCCUGAACGGCUCGUGUGUCUCUACCAUCCGACUGAUCUGUGCCCCUGCCCCAUGCAGAAAAAAUGUCUUAGAUAUCGCUACCCAUUGGAGGACCUCCCUUCUCUGCUCUAUGGUGUGAAGGUCAGGGCACAGUCCUAUGACACGUGGGUCAGUCGUGUUACAGAAGCAUUAUCUGCCAACUUCAGUCACAAGAAAGAUUUGAUUGAGUUACGAGUAAUGUUGGAGGAUGCUGAGGAUAGGAAAUACCCAGAGAAUGAUCUCUUUCGAAAACUUAAGGAUGCUGUAAAAGAAGCUGAGACGUGUGCUUCUGUGGCUCAGCUGCUUCUGAGCAAAAAGCAGAAACACAGGCAGAGCCCAGACGGUGGGAGGACGCGGACCAAACUGACGGUUGAAGAGUUGAAGGCCUUUGUCCAGCAGCUCUUCAGUCUUCCGUGCGUCAUCAGCCAAGCUCGACAAGUAAAGAAUUUGCUUGAUGACGUGGAGGAGUUUCAUGAGCGUGCUCAGGAGGCCAUGAUGGACGAGACCCCAGACUCGUCCAAACUCCAGAUGUUGAUCGAUAUGGGCUCCAGUCUGUAUGUGGAGCUCCCAGAGUUAGCUCGACUAAAGCAAGAGCUUCAGCAAGCUCGCUGGUUGGAUGAAGUAAGACUGACACUGUCAGACCCUCAGCAGGUCACCUUGGAUAUCAUGAAGAAGUUGAUAGACUCUGGGGUCGGCUUGGCACCCCACCAUGCUGUGGAGAAAGCGAUGGCCGAGCUUCAGGAGCUCCUCACAGUCUCUGAGCGAUGGGAAGAGAAGGCCAAGGUCUGCCUACAGGCAAGGCCUCGGCAUAGUGUGGCGAGUUUAGAAAGCAUCGUGAAUGAAGCUAAGAGCAUUCCAGCCUUUCUGCCCAAUGUGUUGUCCCUGAAAGAAGCCUUACAGAAGGCCCGAGAAUGGACAACUAAAGUGGAAGCUAUUCAGAGUGGCAGCAGUUAUGCUUACUUGGAGCAGCUGGAGAGCUUAUCUGCUAAAGGCCGCCCUAUCCCCGUGCGUCUUGAUGCACUGCCCCAGGUGGAGUCUCAAGUGGCAGCAGCUCGGGCCUGGAGAGAACGGACAGGGAGGACCUUUCUCAAGAAGAAUUCCAGCCACACGCUGCUACAGGUGCUUAGUCCCCGGACUGACAUUGGUAUUUAUGGGAGUGGAAAAAAUAGAAGGAAAAAAGUAAAAGAACUGAUAGAAAAAGAAAAAGAAAAGGAUCUGGACCUUGAGCCUCUGAGUGACCUGGAGGAGGGACUGGAGGAAACCAGAGACGCAGCCACAGUGGUGGCGGUUUUCAAAGAGCGGGAGCAGAAGGAGCUGGAAGCCAUGCAUUCCCUCAGGGCAGCCAACCUCGCCAAGAUGAGCAUGGUGGACCGGAUAGAGGACGUCAAGUUUUGCAUUUGCCGCAAGACGGCGAGCGGGUUUAUGCUCCAGUGUGAGCUCUGCAAAGACUGGUUUCACAACAGCUGUGUUCCUCUUCCUAAAUCGAGUUCGCAGAAGAAGGGGUCCAGCUGGCAGGCUAAGGAAGUAAAAUUCCUUUGUCCUCUCUGCAUGCGGUCUCGAAGGCCGCGGCUGGAGACGAUUCUGUCCCUCCUGGUGUCCCUUCAGAAGUUGCCAGUGCGGCUGCCUGAGGGGGAGGCCCUUCAGUGUUUGACAGAACGUGCCAUGAGCUGGCAGGACAGGGCCCGGCAAGCCCUGGCCACGGACGAGCUGUCUUCUGCCCUGGCCAAGCUGUCCGUGUUGAGCCAGCGGAUGGUGGAGCAGGCAGCUCGGGAGAAAACCGAAAAGAUCAUCAGUGCAGAACUCCAGAAAGCCGCAGCCAACCCAGACUUGCAGGGACACUUGCCUAGUUUCCAGCAGUCUGCUUUCAAUCGGGUGGCGAGCAGUGUGUCUUCCUCCCCUCGACAAACGGCAGACUAUGACGAUGAAGAGACAGAUUCUGAUGAAGACAUUCGGGAGACCUAUGGCUAUGAUAUGAAGGACACAGCUAGCGUGAAGUCCUCCAGCAGCCUGGAGCCCAACCUCUUCUGUGAUGAAGAGAUUCCCAUCAAGUCUGAGGAAGUAGUCACGCACAUGUGGACGGCACCCUCCUUCUGUGCAGAGCACGCAUACUCGUCUGCUUCUAAGAGCUGCUCUCAAGGGUCUAGCACCCCACGGAAACAGCCUCGGAAGAGCCCUUUGGUGCCCCGGAGCUUGGAGCCUCCAGUGCUGGAGUUGUCGCCAGGAGCUAAAGCUCAGCUGGAGGAGCUGAUGAUGGUGGGAGACCUCCUGGAGGUGUCCCUGGACGAGACUCAGCACAUAUGGCGGAUUUUGCAGGCCACACACCCACCCUCUGAAGAUAGAUUCCUGCACAUCAUGGAGGAUGACAGCAUGGAAGAGAAACCAUUAAAAAUAAAAGGAAAGGACUCUUCAGAGAAGAAACGGAAACGGAAGCUAGAAAAAGUAGAGCAGCUUUUUGGUGAAGGAAAGCAGAAGUCCAAGGAGCUGAAGAAAAUGGAUAAACCUAAAAAGAAGAAAUUAAAAUUAAGUGCAGAAAAGUCAAAGGAGCUGAACAAACUGGCCAAGAAGCUAGCAAAAGAAGAAGAGAGGAAGAAAAAGAAGGAGAAGGCCGCUGCAGCCAAAGUUGAACUUGUGAAGGAGAGCACCGAGAAGAAGAGAGAGAAGAAGGUGCUGGACAUUCCCUCCAAGUACGACUGGUCUGGAGCGGAGGAGUCGGAUGAUGAGAACGCCGUGUGUGCUGCACAGAACUGCCAGAGGCCCUGCAAGGACAAGGUGGACUGGGUGCAGUGUGAUGGUGGCUGCGAUGAGUGGUUUCACCAAGUUUGUGUGGGUGUCUCUCCAGAAAUGGCGGAAAGUGAAGAUUACAUCUGUACAAACUGUGCAAAGAAGCAGGGGCCAGACAGCCCAGGGCCAGCGCCGCCCCCUUCCUUCAUAAUGAGCUACAAACUACCAGUGGAGGAUCUUAAAGAGACCAGUUAGCAGACGCUGGGUUGGUUUGGGACACGGGGGAAAACGGACCACACUGAGACCGUAGUCAUCAAGUAGAGUGGUUUAGGUCCACUCGGAAUGUUGCUUCCAAAGAUGAACGGCCUUCUGGGAAAGUCCUCUCAGCCGACUUCUCUGCGCAUGGAUGUGGGACCCGCGUUCUCUGUCUGCACUCGUGUGCUAAGGGUGUCUGCCUUGGUCUAGCAGCUGGGGUUUCAGUACAUGUCUCCUCUGAGGUCCUUUGUCACAUUAAGGCCAGACACUGGAGCUCUAGGGUGGCAGGUUGGCAUCAUUGCGUUGGUGUGCUCGCAGGGCUUGUAAGAGUGUUUUAGGGCCAGUUGAUACUAGUUAGAGGUUCGCGGCCAGCGCUGUUGGGAGGUACUGACUGCUUGGAUCUCCUUAGGGCAGUGGGAGGAGUCAGAGGACCAGCUUCCUUCCACUCUGACCUGCGUUUGAUGCCUGGCAGGUCCAGCUCGGAGAGGACCAGGACGAACAUAGUCCUGUUAGAGGCCGUGGGAAGGGAGCCUGGCCUGUAGACCUCCGCUCCGUGUGCUUGUGUGUACCAAGAGGAAAACCCCAAGUGAGGGGCAGAUCACCCCAUCUUCCUAAGGGGAGGAGAGUAGCAUCCAGUUCAGAAAUCUGACUAGAUUGGAUUCUGGGAAGAAGAAUCUUGCCAAAGGCAAGCAGCCUUUUUUGGCUUUGAGAAGUCUUGUUGCCUUGGGUCUGCAUUUAGAGAAGAGCAGGUACGUGGAUCCAGGCUUCUGCAGCAGCAGAGACAGUGAGUCAGAAUGUUUCACUGAGCUAGCGGUGCAUGCUUUUCGGAGAAACCUUCAUUGACAAGUGUACCAGGUGCCACCAGGCUUCAGGCAUGGCCACCAGCAAAACCAGCAAAACAGCUUUUUGCCUUGCAGCCCUGCCCCACUGUCUGGUUCCAGGACUGGCAGUUGCUGACAGAGGCCAGCCGCGGGCGCUAUCCCAUAGCCCCCAUGGCUUCCUCCGAGGAGUUGGGCAUAGAGUACCUCUGGUGACGAAGUUGUUGUAGUAAUCCAUUUUUAAAAAAAGAAAAAAGGACUUGUUUUUACUUUUUUCUAAAUGUCUCUGACUACUGACUGUUCUAUAAAUAGAUUAUUUUUCCUUUUUUA